AUGGCGGCUAGUUACAGUGAGAGCUCGAUAUCGGAGAUGAAGAAGGAGGAGAAAAUGGGAAAAGAAUUGGAAUCGGAGAUGUGCUGGAGGAAAGAAGUCGACGUUAACCUCAAGCGUCUCCACUCUCUCCUAUUUGGUGCAGAUGUCGCCCUCGAGAACCGCGAUUUCAAUUGGGCUCAAGCACUUGCCCUAGGACUCGUAGGCUUCCUCGAUUCUCGGUCCAUCUCCGAUGCCGACGAGGCAUUCAUCCGACCUAUCCGCCGUGAAGCUCUGUCCAAGCUCGAAUCCGCUCGGAGUUCUCUCAUACCUUUGUCCGAUCGCCGAGCAUUUGAACUAGCUGGAAAGGAGCACAGCUGUGUUUUCAGCCAAGUAGGAGACGUUGAUAUUGCGAAACUUAAGGAGUCCAAGUAUUUUCAAGCUAUUCUUCCACUGCCACAAUCCAAGGGAAGACCCGCGGAGCGGAUGAGAGAUAGAGUUGAGCAGCAGGAAAAAUCAAGUAAUAGAGCCUCAAAAAAUCUCCUGCAGACAAAAUUAACUUAUUUGUAUGGGAAUCCUUCCAAGCCAAAAAGCUGUAGUGGUUCUGCACCUCAUAAUAGCUCCGACAAUGACUGCAUUCUUGUUGAAAUGGGCGAUUCAACUCCUAAUUUCGCAAAAAACCUGAAUUCCACUGGACCCAACAAGGCUGAAGUGGAUGAAAGAGGUGCUGUAAACUACUUUGGGGCAAAAAGGCUGCAUACGGAAACUACCAGCCCAAGAAUAGAUGGCCUGAAAGCCCCUUCAAGCUCUGAAGAUACUGAGAAUGAUGCAUCUGGCAAUGGCUUUGUUACUGCACGAAUGAAACUGGAGAUGGAAACCAGGCAAAGGCGAGGUUUAGCUGGAUCACCUAAUGCUUCAUGUUCUUCAGACAGCUUUUCUAGAGGAUAUGGUGGCAGAUCUUAUGGCGUUUCUCGGCGUGGUAUUCGUGGUAAUUUUGUUCCUCCUAUAAAAUCCAGUGGAAAUGGUGGUGGUAAUGUGACUUCGCGCACCGCUGGCAAGGGUGAAGAUGCAUUAGAUGAUUCAACCAAGAGAUGUAUGGAAUUGUUAUGUGGUCCAGAUGGUGAGCUUCCUGAGAAACUAAGGAACUUAGAACCUCGUCUUAUCGAGCAUGUUAGCAAUGAGAUCAUGGAUAGGGAUCCCAAUGUUCGUUGGGAUGACAUUGCUGGUCUGGAGCAUGCUAAAAAGUGUGUUACCGAGAUGGUUAUCUGGCCAUUAUUACGUCCUGACAUAUUUAAAGGAUGUCGGUCCCCUGGUCGUGGUCUUCUUCUAUUUGGUCCACCCGGAACAGGGAAGACAAUGAUAGGAAAAGCAAUUGCUGGGGAGGCUAAAGCUACCUUCUUCUACAUAUCUGCCAGUUCUUUGACAAGCAAAUGGAUUGGUGAAGGGGAAAAGUUAGUAAGAGCUCUGUUUGGAGUUGCCAGUUGUCGCCAACCAGCCGUCAUAUUUGUGGAUGAGAUUGAUUCUCUUUUGUCUCAGCGCAAGUCUGAAGGAGAGCAUGAAUCGAGUAGGAGACUCAAGACACAGUUCCUAAUUGAAAUGGAAGGUUUUGACAGUGGAAGUGAACAAAUUCUUCUCAUAGGAGCAACAAAUAGACCCCAGGAGCUCGAUGAGGCUGCAAGGAGAAGACUUACUAAAAGACUAUACAUUCCGCUCCCUUCCUCAGAAGCAAGAGCAUGGAUAGUCCAGAAUCUCCUGGAGAAAGAUGGGCUAUUUAAGCUUGGCAAGGAAGACAUUGGUACCAUAUGCAAAUUGACCGAAGGUUACUCAGGAUCUGACAUGAAAAACUUAGUGAACGAUGCUUCUAUGGGCCCGUUACGAGAGGCACUCAAACAGGGAAUUGAGAUCACGAAGCUGAAGAAGGAGGACAUGAGACCCGUUACAGUUCAGGAUUUCGAGAAUGCACUACAGGAGGUUAGGCCUUCAGUUUCUGCAAACGAACUUGGUACAUACGAAGAGUGGAAUAAUCAAUUUGGAAGUUUAGCACUAUAG